UCCAAGCGGAGGCGGGUUGUCUGCACUGCUAGCCCUACCGGUAGCCAAUGUAUUAAAUUGCAAAUAAUUGUGCCAGUAGGGCUGUGUGUCCAUUGCAGGAAAACCGGAAUGUCUUCCUGAGUGGUGGUUGACGCGCAGGCCUAGCCUUAGGUUUACUGAAGUAUCUACCAGCGUUUGACGCAGUCGAGUUUCUCUUUCCACUGGUUAAAGAGGACCUCGACAAAACAUGCAGACAAGUUAUACGAGUUAGGCGGUGGAGGAAGAAGAUCCACCAAAUCAGGAGAACGCUUAGGCAAUUUAUGAUAGAUCGAUGAUAGAAAGAACGAACGGGACUGUCGUAACAUAUUGAGUAUCGGCUAAUAGCUUCAAGGUGAUCAAAUAACGGUAGAACUGACAUCUGAAGUGUAAUGAUCGCCGUCAUGAGGAACUCCCUGUAGCUUCUUCCCUUCGGAUUGUGCCAUUGGUAGGAACGCAUCAGUCCUCGGCUCGUCAAUGGAGGACAUUCCAACCAACAAUUGUCUCUCGCCAACGUCGUCGUCGACAUCAUGGCAAGAUACCGUUCAAAUAGAGAAUCCAGGGACCGAUCAUACUUCAGUUCAACAAGACAAUGGUGGCGCUGGUGCAGAACCGUUUGGGAAAGGAUUGGUAGCUGUGUCGAUUGAGAGCACGAAGUGCAUUCUAUGUCUAGCUUCCUUUAAAUCAGCUGAGGAAUUGCGCGCUCAUAUUCGGAUUGUGCAUGCUAGGUCUGCAAGGCACAAACGACGAGUCAUCAUAAAGGAAAACGUAUCGAAUAACCCCGAUGAGCAGCAGGAAUUAAAACCAGAGAGGGCUCCGACUCCGUUAACGAGGGAAGGCGCAAAAAUUAAGCCGCCGCGUCGUAAGCGCCGAGCACCAGGAUUAAGUGGUUCUCAUGAAUGUUGUCAGUGUCGAAAGCGUUUUCAGCAGCUCGGACAUCUCCGCAACCAUCUUCGACUUCAUACAGGAGAACGUCCGUUUGUCUGCGAGAUCUGUGGUAAAGCUUUCCCCCAGUCCGGUCACCUUGUCUCACAUGUGAAUUCCCAUACAAACACAAGGCCUUACGAAUGCCAAUUUUGUAAGAAGAGAUUUACUCAAAGUGGGCAUUUACGGAAUCACGAACGGCUUCAUCUAGGUAUUCGGCCGUACCAGUGUGCUCAAUGUGAUAAAUCCUUUACCCAGUCCGGCCACCUAGUCAAUCAUUUGCGAUUGCACGAUGGCGAGAAGCCGUACAGAUGCUCUGUGUGCAAUCGACGAUUCACUCAAUCCGGACAUUUGGCCAGCCACGCAAAAAUGCACAAUAGUAGCAGGGGGCAUGAGUGCGGCAUCUGCCACAAAGGAUUUAUUCGAGCCGAACAUUUGAUAGAGCACCAGCGGAUACACUCCGAUCCUCGACCCUUUGUUUGCUCUUAUCCAAAUUGUGGUGCUCGAUUAUCGAAUGAUAGUUUGUUAUCGAUGCACAUACAAUUACAUCAGCCAGAGGAGGCAAGCACGACAUACAAGCGGCAUUGUACAAGCAGACCACCAAAGGCGACUGAGACCGUUGUCUCAAAAAGAAUUAUCCCGUUCUCGGCGCCCAAUAACGAUUGCAAGAGUCCGCAACGACAGAAACAAGGUGCAGACCAACACGAGGUAUCUGGCUUCCUCGACAACGCGAAUUUUGGCGGGUCCAACGGACUGAGUGGACAUCCAGUCAUCAUUCGGGUCGACCGAGAUACUUUUGCUUCUGAGGAGAGUCAAAUGGAGAAUAUGAGUACCGUUUCGUUGAAAGACCCACAAAUGCUGGAGGACGAUGGGAUCUGUAUGCCAACCGCAGUUGUGCCGGUGGCCAGAACAAAAGAAACGAGUAUGGAAGACUCAGAUGGCACCGAUGGCAGUGAGGAGAAAUGCUUAUUGGAACUUAUGUCCAGCCGUCCUGAACUAUCAGAUAUAAGUUUGACUACUAAAACGGUUGCGCCAGAUGAAUCAACGUAUUAUGAAGACAGCUUUGGACUGCUGUAAGUUACACUGGACGAGCUGUCGUACACCGGACGGGGAACGUCGCCGAAGGUUUCAAAACGUGAAAUCUGUCUACAGGGUCUUAUUAUUAUUAUAGUAGUCCUAGGAGGAGUAAGCGGAAUCUCGGGCAUUCCAGUGUUCCUACCACUACAGAGUACUAAUGUGUGUACUACAUAUAGUCAUGAAUAGAACAAGCGGCAUCAUCAAUAUCAAUCCUAUCACAAUCCUGGCUGUGGUAUUGUUGUCUGAAUACUAUCUACAUAGUUUUAUCAGUCGCAGUGGAUUUUCAAAAAUGUACAGGGUAUAAUGUUAUCAGUUGCGGUUUUUAGUAUUAAGCAGGCAAAAUUGUGAAGACUUUGGUAAUACCUCCCCCUACCUACCUACCUACCUACCUACCUUCCUCCCUCAUACGGGGGUGGUUUGACAAAAUUACCCCGGAUGAGGUACGAAAGUCUGACCACAUAAUUGUAAGCUUCGACCUAGUCUUGUCAUGUGUGGAAAAGCAGCUUCAAAUCAUUACGAAAUUGUUAACGAUAGGUAUAUUAGACGUGAGCGUCAUUACAAUUUUAACUAUUGUGGAUAUUUAUCAAGUGAACAUUUUAUCUGAACAGAUUAUCUAAAUAAUCGAAAUUACACAAUCGAUAAUAAGAUGCUUUCAACCUGAUCGUGUAACGGGACUAAAUAGAAAAAGAAAAAAA